CAGAAAAGUUUCCGAUUGGUUACGGUUAUUUCCGAAGUCGAAGUCUUCGCGAACGUUCCCGGCUAUUUCCGGAAGGAACAGCAGACCACGAACGGAAGAAGUAAUUUACGUUUUCCAAGCAUUCAUUCUUAUCUUGAGUACCGGUCAGUUAAACAUCCAAGAAAACUGUAUACAGUUAACAGUUACAUUACCAGUUUACUGUUCGUUAUUUAUAUUUUAAUAGCACAAAAUAGUGUUUCGUUUUUUUGUAAAGAUUUACCAGUACCGGUAUGUCUCUGCUGUGUUACAACAAAGGCUGCGGGCAACGUUUUGACCCAGACAAAAACCAAGAUGAUGGCUGUACAUACCAUCCCGGCACUCCUGUGUUUCAUGAUGCUUUGAAGGGGUGGUCCUGCUGUAAACGGCGGACAACAGACUUCUCUGACUUCUUAAGUAUUGCGGGUUGCACUAAAGGUCAGCAUAGCAAUGAAAAACCUGAGCCUGUCAAACCAGAAGUUAAAAUAUCAUCAGAUAAAAAAGAUUUGGAAGACCUGAAACCAAAAUUUAACGAGUAUAUCAUCCAGGCAGCUAAACCUAUUGAUUCAAUAAUAAGACCAAGUCCAGAUGAACCUUUUGUAAGGCUACAGCAGAAAGUAUCAUCGUCACUUAAACAGGCUUUGGAAAAAUUCAAAUUGAGUGCUGAGAAUGGGCCAGAAAAGACUGAAGAAGAAAGCGAUGAAAUAAAAGUUGGAACCUUGUGUAAAAACGGAGGCUGUUUAAAGACCUUUAUUGGGCCAGAAAGCAAUGAGGAGACAUGCUGGUUUCACCCUGGUGUUCCUAUUUUUCAUGAAGGGAUGAAGUACUAUAGCUGCUGCAAAAGAAAAACCUCAGAUUUUAACACAUUUUUGGCUCAAGAAGGCUGUACAAGUGGAAACCAUUUAUGGAGAAAAAAAGAUUCUGGGAAGAAAGUUGUUCCCUGCAGAUUUGAUUGGCAUCAGACUGGAGGUCAAGUGAUUAUUACAAUCUAUGCCAAAAACUCGAUUCCAGAGCUGAGCUAUGUGGAUGCAAAUAGCUCUGUGCUAAAUAUACAUGUAAUAUUUGAAGGCGACAAGGAAUUUGAACAGAAAAUAAGCAUGUGGGGAGUUAUUGAUGUUAGCAAGAGCCAUCUCAACAUGACAGCCACUAAGAUUGAGAUCACCAUGAAGAAAUCUGAACCAAUUACCUGGGCCCGGCUUGACCUACCACCCCCGAAAGUGGAGGAAACAAAGAAAAAUGGUGAUGCUGAUGAGGGUUGCAAAGAAGAUUAACAAACUGCCUACACAAUAUACAGGAUGUUUUAAAAGUCUGAAACCAUAGACUUACUUUUAUUGGACCUGGAAGAAAGGACUGACUUUUUUUACACAUGUGGAUGGACAGUGUUUUGAAUGUGUAAAUUACACCCUUUCUUGGUGUUUGGCCUGUGAUUCCAGACUUUGAAACACCCUGUAAUAAAAAUGUAUUCUUAGCUUGAGUGUACAGAAAUGACAGUGAUGUUUGUACUAUUACAGUGACUUAUUUUAAACCUAGAUUAUUGUCAUCAGCUUGUAAUUCUUCAUUUUCUUAAGAUACUUUGCUGAGCAUUUAAUCAGGACUUAAAACAUUUGUGCGAUGUCACCUUUUGAUUGAUUUAAUUCUACAAAUCUUACUAAAGUGUCUGUUUGGCUAAAAGUGGUGUGUGGGGCAGAUAAAUUGUUGAUUUAAUGAAUCCUCAGUGUGCUACAAAUUCACAAAAAAACUUGAUUCGAAACGAGUCAGAAAAAUUCAACAGAAAAGUGAAUACCAUUUUAUUACGCAGCAGUCAUUUCAACAGUUAGUUCAUUUAUAAUAUUACACAUUUCAGUUUAGCAUUUCAUAUUGUUUGCUAAAAGUAAUAAUUAUACAUAAACAAUGGGGGGGAAAAAACAUUUUUGUAAUUACAAAUUAUGAUAAAGCUUAUUUACAGUAUAACUUUGAACACAGUUCUGCGUUCCUAACACUGUCUUUGGAUAAAACACUCUCGACAACAAAGUAUGGUUUUAAAUAGGAUGGUACCUGUAUGUUUAUUUGUUCUGUGUUUCUUCCAGUGGGAACACGACUUCUUUUAACAAACAACUUUGUUUUAAUGUGAACCGUAUUCAGGUCUAUAAACUGGUCCUUACCUUCACACAGACAGCUAUUGUCUUUGAAACCUGCCCUUUUAUACUUUCUUGGCUUGUUCAAUUACAAACAGGUGCAUUACCUUAACUGAUUGCCAGUCAAUCUGUGUUCUUGGAUAGCUGUGGCAUUCUGGGAGAUUUUUUUUUUUUUUUUUUUUUACUAUUCAUUAACAGUAAAGAACUACAUUUUUCUUUCCAUGCACAUUUUGUAAUGCCUGCCUUCCAUUCAAGGGUAAAGACUGCAUUCUAUGCAGGAUCCUGUGUAUCUCCCUGCUACAGUUGUAUUCCCAUAUUGUACCAAAGAAGUUAAUUUCAACAUAUACACCCCCUCCCCCCCACCACUUACAUUAGAUUUCAUCUCAGAUUUUGCAUUUCUUUCCUGGCUUUAACCCUUGUUCAAACAAUCUUGCAGCCCACGUACAUACUUCUAAAACCGAUUGCUGCCAAUGAUAUUUCGGUCUUCGUCUGUUUUAGGUUUGGCAAAAUGAUCAAUAAAUUCACUCUCCGCUGCUUCACAUUGCUUUGUUUUUUGCAUUUUUAUUUUUCUAAUGCCACUUUUGUAAUUAUAAAUUAUGACAGUUUGUUUUUAUUUUUAUUUGUCAAGUUCCACUCCGAGGAACUCAUGACAACAUUCCCACAAUAUAAGAGACAAACUGUUUGAACUAACCAAAUCCAAUUACAAAACAAACAAUGCAUUAAAUCUUUUUAUUGAACAAGUAUCAAUUAGGAAGAAAUGUUUUAAGUGGCAUAAACAACUCUGAAUCGAUAAGAAAAUGAUUCAGUUUCUCGUGCCUUACAGCACUCGAAACAGUGAAUUAUUUUGACUGUUUCAACACUUGUUGUUUAUCCCUUACUUAAUGCUGAAAAUCAGCAAGAAUAGAGUCAUCCCAAUUUUACAGCAAGAUCUCUGUGGCACAUCCCCAAAAGUCUAAUUAUAUUGCAGAAGGACAGGGAUGAUUCUUAAACUUAAGUUUUUCCAUACAACAGUUAGGUCCUUAAUAGUAAUUUAGCCGCCUUAAACGGUCAUUCAUAAAACAAGCAUAAAUAACGUUAACAUUUCAACAUCACUUGUUUGCUUCUUUUGCACUUAAAUUGUAAGCAUUUUAAUUUAAAUGGAUUUAAAACUUUAUAUUAAAACAGGCUUGUGUCAAAUUCUUAUUCUACUAGCAUUGCAGAUACAUUAAUUAGUUGGACCUGAUUUGUAUCAAGCUGAGCACACAUUACACGUUUAUCAUGUGUUUUAGACGUGUUUCUACUGCCCCAAAACAACUUUCAGGCAGCAUAAUUCUCCAGGGGUUAAAAGGAAUGAAUAGCAAAAUGGUAAUGAUACAAAGCUCCAUCAAUAAGCAUUAGUUGUGUCUUGCUAGUCCUGUAAUAUAUAUUGUUGCUCUAUUUACACUUUGCAACAUUGUAUGAAUUAAUUAUGGGUAAAAUGAAAACGGUCCCCAUUUGAUUAUGCUGGGCAGUGGAAACACCUUGUGAAAAACUACACAGGUUUGGUAACAAAUCCUGCAGAAAAUCACUGCUUUCCUUGUGUGUUUAUUAUUCUGAUUUUGUUAUUCUGAGCUAAUUGGCUUACUGUAUUUAGAGCAUGGGGAAUGGUAGUGGAAUUGCAGUACUUUGUCUUCAGAUGAAGAAUCUGCAGAAACAUCCAUCUAACUGUAAAUGUAUAAUAUGACCUAGAUACACCUAUAAUAAUUUAACUUGUUUUUUAAAUAGUCUAUUCCUGCACAAUGCAUUUUUAGGGUAUUACCAGUAUAUAAUUGCUUAAAAGUACUGUUUGCCGUGCAUGUGGAAAUGUCCAGCUUUGUGCACUUUAAGACCCUGGAACAUCUGUUCCAUGCAUGUUUUUCCUUUCUAUUUCAGAUGCAUUUAUUUUUCCUACAGCUGAUAAAAUAAAGUGUAAUUAUAUUCUG